CAAGGAUUCAAAGAUUACAAACAAGGCAAACCCAAGGCAUUUAAACAGGGAGUAUGUUUUUGACAUAAUUAAUCACAAUUUUGACUUGUUCUUACUUCGGCUAAUGCUGAGUAGCACAGAAUGUUCUGAAGUUGCUUUCACGCCAAAUCCAGUAAUAAAGCUACAAAUUUGAAGACUCUACUGUAAUCCACUUGAGCACUUCAUUCCAGACUUCUUGAUUGCAGACACAGCUAGAAAACAAAUGGUUAAUGGAUACAUAAGCACACAUUUCUCAUCCAUACCGAGACUAAUUUUUUUAAUACGGAGUAGAAAAAGAAACCUAAACCCAACACCAACAAAUAUAAAACCCUCCCAUCAUCAAAUCCCCACAAAUUAGGCUUUGGGAAACUUAAAACUUACAGAGAAGCCCAAGCAAUUCUGCCACAAAUGGGAUCUAAUGUUGGAUCAGCUGGCCGUGGUCCUAAGAUUUCAGAAUUCAUCCCAAACUGCAAAUGGGAAUACGACAAACAAGACUCGCUUGUCCUCGAGGUCGAUGUACCAGGGUUCAAGAAGGACUGUCUGAAAGUAGAAUACGAAGAAUGUGGGCGUCUGAAAAUUUCCGGCGAGAGGCCGGGGGAGAAACAGUUCAGCAAGGUGUUCGCAGUUCCCGGAAAGUGUACGGCAGGUGAGAUUAGGGCAGUAUACCGCCGAGAUCGUCAGGUACUGCGCAUUGUGAUGCCCGGGAAAACCAGUGCUCCUUUACCGGUUGGUGUGGAUAAUAGCAUGCCAAACCCUAAAUCAGAGUCGAACUUACCCGGUCAAUCUCACGGAGAAGCCAAUAAGGGAAAUGGGACAAAGAUUGCGGUCAAUGUUGCGGCGGUGGUGGCGGUGCUUGCUGUCAUCGGAGUCGUCACUUUUUUCAUCAUUUGCAAAUCAAUCUAGUCACACUACAAUUUCAAUGGUGUCAUAAUCCCCUCUUAGCUUUUGAGAAAUUACCCAUAGAAAAUGCUUGUGUAAUUCCUCUUAAACGUUUAAUACUCUCUCCGUCCUAAAACAUUCUUCCCGUUGUGCAAAACGAAGAAAAAUUUUAAGUUUUUUAAUCUAUUUUAUUUAAAUAUUGGUAUAGAAAUAAAAAAUAAAACAUACAUAUUUAAAAACUACAUCAAAAGUUCAACAAAACAAGUGGUGACAAGAAUAUUUUAUUUUAUCAUAUAUGCCAUAAAAAAACACAAAUAAAUAUAAAUUCCCGUA